AUGGCCUACAGCUGCUGCUCUGGAAACUUCUCCUCCCGCUCCCUUAGGAGCUGCCUGCCCUCCUCAGGAUCCUGCCGUAGCUCUUCCUACCCCAGCAACCUGGUCUACACCACUACCAGCUGCUCUCCCAGCACCUGCCAGCUGAGCUCCUCUCUGAACACUGGCUGCCAGGAGACCUGCAUUGAGCCCAUCCGCUGCCAGAGGUCCUGUGUGGUGCCCAGCCCCUGCCAGAAGCCCUGCUACUACCCCAGGAGCUCCACACCCUGCAGUCCCUGCCAGGGGACAUAUGCUGGCUCUCUGGGCUUUGGGUCUAGGAGCUGCAGUUCCCUGGGCUAUGGUUCUGGAAGCUGCUACUCAGUUGGAUAUGGAAAUAGUGGAUUCAGACCCCUCAAUUGUGGAGUCUAUGGCUUCCCUUCCCUGAGUUAUGGGUCCAGAUAUUCCUAUCCAAUCUACUUUGCUUCUCGUUCCUGUCAACCUUGUUAUAGACCAAUCUGGGGAUCAAGCCUAUGUGGCAAUAGCUGUUAA